GAACUUCAUCUGGGAGCCGAUGCGACAGCCUCAGAAUGGAAAUCCUGAAAGUGGAAAUAAUUUGUAACAAGCCUCGGGGCGAGCCCUGCUGGGCUCGCCUGGUCUUGGGGUUGUCGGUUGCGACCGGUAAGUCGGUGGCGGAAUAAACUCCAAGGAGACAGGGACAGGGGGCCCGAUGUCAGUGGGGGCGUUGUGCGCGUUCGCGCGCCGGCUCGUGACAAACCCGCGCCAGCUGCUUGCCCCGCUCCGGCUUGCCAGGGCGACUCUCUGUCGGCCUGUCUGCCGACCGGCUGCCGCUAGCCCGCCGACUGCCGCGCGCUAGCCCCUGCCGGCUGCCGCUGGCCUCUGCCUGCCGGCUGCCGCCAGCCUCUGCCCGCCGGCUGCCGCCCCCCAGCCCCUGCCUGCCGGCUACCGCUAGUCCUACCGCUGGCUUCUGCCCGCCGCUGCCUGCCGCAAGGUAGCCUCGGCCCGCCGGCUGGCCGCCGCUAGCCUCGGCCUUCCGGCUGCCUGCCGCUGGCCUCUACCUGAUGUUGGCCCCUUCCUGCCGCUCGCAUGCUGGCCUCUGCCUGCCGCUGGCCUCCCUGCCGCUGGCCCCCGCUUGCCGCUGGCCCCUUCCUGCCGCUGGCCUCUCCCUGCGUGCCGCUAGCCUCUUCCUGCCGCUUGCCCCAGCCUGCCGCUGGCCCCUUUUUGCCGCUGCCUGCGGCCUGCCGGCUGCCGCUAGCGCCGGCCUGCCGGCUGCCGCUAGCCCCGGCCUGCCGGCUGCCGCUAGCCCCGGCCUGCCGGCUGCCGCUCGCCCCGGCCUGCCGGCUGCCGCUCGCCCCGGCCCGCCGGCUCCCGCUAGCCUCGGCCGGCCGGCCGCCGCUAGCCUCUGCCUGCCGGCUGCCGCCCCUGGCCUCUGCCUGCCGGCUACCGCCCCUGCCUGGCCUCUGCCUGCCGGCUGCCGCUCCUGGACACCCUAACUUCAAACAACAAAAAGACCUUUUUUUGCUAUUAAUCGAAUGGCUGUAUGCACCGAUCACGAAAUGCUACUUCGAAAAUACAAAUGCGGGAAGUUUUUCUUGGAAGGUAAUCCAAAUGAUAACAGCACGCAGCAGUGAUGAAGAAGGUUAUCCGGGAUUGGAUGGAGCAGGGCCUGCAGCCGCGCCACGAUCUGGCUUUGUUCGUCUUCUUGAAGUUUAUCUCCUCUGUCGUCCCGACUAUUGAUUACGACUUCACCAUGGAUAUCGAACUUUAG